UCAGUAGUGCCACAUCAGCAGUGCCAUGUAAUCAGCAGGCCACGUCAGCAACAUGACGGGCCUGCCAGGCCAACUGGCCAAUGAGACCAUUGCCGCCUACAAGCAGCGUUGCCUGGCUCAGAUAGAGGCUGAGGAACAACGCCUGCUGGCAGUCGAGGCUGCCCGCGUACAGGCUGAAGAGGCAGCAGCAGCAGAGAAGCUGCGACUACAGGCCGAUGCAGACGCAGACUCCCAGGCUCGCCGCAAGGAAGCCCAGGAUCUGCUACAACGGCAUGAAGCCACAAGCACCGACAGACUCAAGUUCUGGCACUUUGAACCAAACGGCGACGAGGCAACACCGAAAGAGAAGCACAAGGAGUUCCUCUCUAAACUCGUGACGCGGUUGUUGUAUGCUUGCAACUACCAACGAUCAGAGUUGGAGAGACAGUACCAGGACCUGACGCAACAGCAUCAGGAGUUGGCACAGCUCCGCCGCAUGGUGCAGAGCCACGGGGAUGCAAUCCGGGCACUCAAUGCCCGAUUGCUGGACCUGGAACAGGCUGUACCAGGACCAACUGCUGGGGCUUCCAGCAGUGCACCCUCGAGCCGCCAACUGGAGGACCGCGUUGACCACGUAGUGGCAAUGCUCGGCGAAAUCAGCACCUUCGCUGCGCCGACCACCACCAUCAGCGGUCAGCUGCAUACAUUGAAGACCGAGGUCCAGCAGCUGCAGACGACGAACGGGGAUGGCAAUCCGAAGAUGUAUAAGAUGCCAACCUUCAAUCUGGAGAGGUUCGACGACUACACGCAGCAGGAUCCGGUCCUCUGGCGGGAAGCAUUCACAACGCAACUCAGGAUUCUGCCCGUAGCCAAGCAUGCGUACAUCGGCGCCCUGUUCCUGAACUCAAAGGGCGGAUGCCAGACCUGGUUGAGCCACCUGGCAACCUCCCACGGCGUCGAUGUACCAGACUUGAAGGACGUAAUCACAUGGGAGGAACUGACACGGGUGUGGAAGAAGUGGUUCAUCGUCGACGACGCGCCGACACUCGCCAUCAACCGUUUGUUCAUCAUGUCACAGGGCAACACAGCAACACGGGACUGGCUCACGGAGUGGCAGAAGAUCGCGGUUGUGCCCAAUUUGAACUUACCAUUCAAGCAUCUACGCCGUGAGUUCUACAACAGGUCUUGUGGUGCAUUGAGCCAGACUCUUGGUGAUCGCGAGCAGUACGCCACCUUCGCCGAGAUUAUCGACAAGGCGCGAGAGAUCAUCAAGACCAACAGAUCAGCUGCACACGAGAAAUCAAUAUCAUGGCAGCCGACCUAUGUGGAUAAGGUACGAACUGGUCCUCGACAGCAGCACUUCGCUGCAGUCCAGCAGGACAAUGGAGAUAACCCAGCAACCACUCCAGCAUCAAGUGACGGAGAUCAGGUGGCCGCUGUCCAGCCGCGAAGCACCAACAAGUCCCGCAACAAUGGGAAGGCGAAAUCCGCAUCGCAGGCCGGAAAUGGACAACCAGGACAAUUUCCAUGGGUCAAGUUUGGYUUGACCGAGGCGGAGUACAAGGAGUCCGGCACAACAAUGAAACCAAUUUCGGCUCGACACCCUCAGACAGACAGACAGACGGAGCGGGCACAUCAGACCGCUCAAAUGAUGCUUCGUACGCUCAUCCGUCCGGACCAGAAAGAUUGGGUUGACCGCCUCCCCGACAUCGAGUUCGCCUACAACACUUCGGUGCAUCCGGCGAUCGGCGUGACUCCAUUCGAGUUGCACCACGGUGGACGGAAAGGCCGGAUCUUCGCCAACCUUCUCCUCCCUCGACCAGCCGACAUUUAUGCUGCCUGCUCUCCCUCUUCCGUCUGGAAGUACAGGGAAUUGGUGACUCAAGCCCGCGCAAAUAUGCAAAAGGCUCAAGUCCGCAUGCAACAGCAAGCCAACAGGCGUCGCGUACCAUGUCCCAUCUGCGCCGGUGAUCUGGUUUGGGUCUCCGYGGAAGAGUUUGCACUGGAACAGGAUGUUUCACACAAACUACUUCCCAAGUGGUUUGGACCUUGGUCUGUGACAGCAGCCGCGGGCGAUGAGCCCGAUGACCCUUCAUUUGUGAUCAACAUUCCAGAGCAUCUGACAGUCCAUCCGGUCUUCCACGCCUCAAAGCUGGCAACUUACACGCCAGCCAAGAGCGACAACUUUCCGGACCGACGAUCGCAGGACCCUCCUUCUAUGGAUGGCCAUCAGGAAGUUGACUGCAUCAUCUCCGAUCGCAAGUACGGCAGCAAGCCGCGACAGUAUAAAGUCACUUUCAAAGCAUGCGAUCACGACGACACUUGGUGGAUAUCAGGCGCAGAUUUGAAAGCAUCCGCACCGCUGAUCUACGCGCAUUAUGAAAAGCGCAGGUUAGCUCAGGAAGCUUCACGACCAGCCCCUCCCACCYGGACUGUGGUCCCUCCCUCAGACAGACAACUUCACCCUCGCAGGUAAGCUCGGUUCUUCAAGGAGAGGGGGGGGUGGCAUACUGCGUAGCCACACGGGCCCUGCAGGGCCCGUCCCAGGCAUUCAGCCUAAAAGCCUAAAACUU